GUCAAGUAGCCCCGGGACCGGCCGGCGCUUCGGAGCCGGUGGGCGGCCGGAGGCCGGAGCGCUCGGCCGGUUCCCGCUGGACCUCGGCCAGUGCCCGUGCGGCCGCGUUCCGCAGCGCUGUCCACGUCGGCCAGCCAUGCGCCCGCCGGCCCCGGCCGUGCUGGGGCUGCUGCUUCUGACGCUGCUGUCGCCCGGCGAGGCCACCAAGAAGCCAACGCCCUGCAAGCGAUGCCGGGAGCUGGUGGACAAGUUCAACCAGGGAAUGGUGGACACAGCAAGGAAGAACUUUGGUGGUGGAAACACGGCUUGGGAGGAAAAGACGCUGUCCAAGUAUGAAUUCAGCGAGGUCCGCCUGCUGGAGAUCAUGGAGGGCCUGUGUGGGACCAGCGACUUCGAGUGCAACCAGCUGCUGGAGGAGCACGAGGGACUCCUGGAGACCUGGUGGCUGCGGCUGAAGAAGAAGUAUCCUGACUUAUUUGAAUGGUUUUGUGUGGAAACACUGAAAGUUUGUUGUGCUCCAGGAACUUACGGGCCAGACUGCCUGGCGUGCCAGGGCGGGUCCGAGCGGCCCUGCAGCGGGAACGGUCACUGCAGCGGAGAUGGCAGCAGACAGGGCGACGGGUCGUGCCAGUGCCACCUGGGGUACCGGGGACCGCUGUGCGCCGACUGCAUGGACGGCUACUUCAACUCACUGAGGAAUGAGACGCACAGCAUCUGCUCAGCCUGUGACGAGUCCUGCAAGACGUGCACAGGCCCUACCAACAGAGACUGCGGCCAGUGCGAAGUGGGCUGGGCGCGGGAGGACGACGCCUGCAUAGAUGUGGACGAAUGUGCGGCAGAGCCGGCCCCCUGCGAGGAGCAGCAAUAUUGCGAGAACCUCAACGGCUCGUUCGUGUGCCAGGAAUGUGAUUCUACCUGCGUGGGCUGCACAGGGAAGGGUCCUGGACAGUGUAAAGAGUGCCUCCCCGGCUACUCGAAAGAGAGCGGCCAGUGCGCAGACAUUGACGAGUGCUCGCUGGCGGAGAAGCCCUGUCUGAGGAGGAACGAAAACUGCUACAACACACCCGGGAGCUUUGUCUGCGUGUGCCCCGAGGGCUUCGAGGAGGCCGAGGACAUCUGUGUGCAGGCGGGGCCGGCAGGGGCCGAAGUCACGGAAGCAAGCCCAACACAGCCGCCGUCCCGUGAAGAUUUAUGAUGUGCAUCCACAUCAGAAGUCACACCCGCCCUUUAAAUUAUUCAGACUGUCGUCCUGGACGUGGCCCUUCAUGUCACACCGUCGCUCCAGGGGAAGCUGCUUUCAUUGAAAGGGCUGAUGCUUAUUUGACCCUUAAAGCUGCAUUUCUUGGUUGUUCUUAAACAGAUUUGUAUAUUUUGAUACCGUUCUUUAUAAUAAAAUUGGCCACUGAAGGUA